CUGUAAGUGGAAGGGCGUAAGUGGGUGUUAGCCAAAGGAAGGGAAAUUGUGCAAACAAAUUCGUGAAUUUGCUUCAUUGAGGUGGUUAGAGUGAAUUAGUGUUUAAAGAGAAUUGGAGAUGAGCCGAAUGAGCUAAGAAAUUUAAUAACGUUUAGGCACUUAAAAGUUUUUUCUGUUGAAGUUGUGUGAUCGUAGUUCGACGAUGGGGUGUUGCGGGAGCACAGAGAGUAAACGUGAAUGGAAACCGCUGGAGGAGCACAGCUGCACGGAUAUCCCAUGGCUCAUCAUAUUUACACUCUUUUGCAUUGGCAUGGCAUGUAUUUGUGGCUAUCCUAUUGCCACCGGAGGUGCCGCCAGACUUGUUUUUGGAUAUGACAGCUAUGGCAAUACCUGUGGUAAGAAUAACACCAAAAUUGAGGGAGUUCCUCUUAGUGGCCGGGACAUGACGGAAAACAAGUUUGUUUUCUUUCUCGAUCCUUGCAACCUUGACUUAAUAAACAGGAAGAUCAAGUCCAUUGCUUUGUGUGUUUCCAAGUGUCCAUCUACUGAGCUGACGACAUACUCUGAGUUAAAGCAGUUUGCGUUGAAUAAUGGCUCGAAUCUGUGCUCCUAUGAUCUUACUCCUACAAGAUACACAAGCUAUUCAUCAGAAAGAUCAACCAAGUGUCCAAAGCUGCCUGUUCCACCAAGUAAAUCUGUCCUGCUUUUCCGGCGCUGUAUUCCUACGGAUAUCAGCUGCUACACUCAGUUCGCCAAAGCUUUUAUGACAUUUGUCAGCGACAACACUGUGUUGCAGCGUGUCAUCUCUGGGGUGAUGGCCAGCAAAGAGAUCAUCAUAGGACUUUGCAUUCUGGCUUUAGUUCUCUCUUUGAUCAUGAUGGUCGUCAUUCGUUACAUCUCCCAAGUGCUGGUGUGGAUUCUCACAGUUCUGGUGAUCAUCGGCUCCACAGGUGGGACGGGCGUUCUGUGGUGGUUCUACGUAGACCACAGAAAGGCUCUCAACAGUAACGCCACGUCAGUGUUUGGAAAAGAAGUGGCAUCGGAUAAUGUUAAGGCUUUGCUUUUCUAUGCCAUUGGAGCUACUAUUUUCACGGUUGUUCUCCUGCUGGUGAUGUUCUUCAUGAGGAAGCGUGUGGCUCUCACCAUCUCCCUGUUCCAUGUGGCGGGUAAGGUGUUCAUCCAUCUUCCCCUGCUGGUCCUGCAGCCUUUCUGGACUUUCCUUUGCCUCAUACUCUUCUGGAUCUACUGGAUUGGUGUGCUUCUCUUCCUCGGGACAACAGGAACACCAGUAAAAAACAACUCUACAGGUGUGGUUGGGUAUGAAAUGCAAGGGCCUCUUCAGUUCCUGGUGUGGUAUCACGUUGUGGGUCUCAUCUGGAUCAGUGAGUUCAUUCUUGCCUUCCAGCAGAUGACUAUUGCUGGAGCUGUGGUCACCUACUAUUUCACAAGGAACAAGUCCCAGAUGCCAGCAACUCCUAUCAUUUCCUCUAUGGCACGUACUAUCCGCUACCACCUGGGUACUUUGGCCAAAGGCUCCUUCAUCAUCACGCUUGUUAAGAUCCCUCGUCUAAUCUUGACAUACAUCCACAGUCAGCUCAAAGGAAAGGAAAAUGCCUGUGCCCGUUGCAUGGUGAAAGCCUGUGUCUGCUGUCUGUGGUGCCUUGAGAAGUGUUUAGCAUACUUGAAUCAAAACGCUUACACAGCCACAGCCAUCAACAGCACAAGUUUUUGCACCUCAGCUCGUGAAGCUUUCCUUAUCCUGGUGGAGAACGCGCUCAGAGUAGCCGCCAUUAACACUGUCGGCGACUUUGUCCUCUUCUUGGGAAAGAUUCUUAUCGUCUCCUGCACAGCUUUUGCCGGCGUUCUGGCUCUGAACUACCAGAGGGACUACACGGUGUGGGUGCUGCCUCUUCUCAUCGUCUGUGUCUUUGCCUUCCUGGUGGCCCAUUGCUUCCUUUCUGUGUUUGAAAAUGUGGUCGAUGUCCUAUUUCUGUGCUUCGCUGUGGACACAAAGUAUAAUGACGGCAGCCCUGGGCGAGAGUACUUCAUGGACAAGGCGUUAAUGGAAUUUGUUGAAAACAGUAAAAAAAUGGGUUGGAAAAAGCCAGAUGAUGGAGGUGGUCGUGAGAUGAAGCCCAUGGUGAGCUGAAAAAUUGUUUACAAUCCUGGAAAGAAAGAUCCAACACUUUUUUUGCACGUGGGACUUUAGCUUGAUACUGUGUCAAACAUCUAAAACCACAUCUCCAAUUUUUAACUCAGAGGUUGCCAGCGUCACACUGCAGGGACAUCCACUAGAUAGGAUAACAACUGACUUUGUACAGAAGUUUUACAUAGUUUUGCAAAAGAUGUUUCUUAAUGUUUAUUUUUCAAAAAUAUUGUAUGAAAAUGUAAAGUUUGCCUCUAAUGUAACAUGUUUAUUUGGGUUUAUGUUUUUGUUAUUAAUAAUAGGAUGGCUUUUUUCCCUCACAUAUGUGGGUUUCCCUUGUGGAAUUUUAACUAAUAUGAUGGUUUAACGUGUUUGAUAAAAACAGCUACCAUUUGGAUGUUUGAGUGUACCUUUUAAAACUGGUGGCUAACUAUGUUACAAUGCAUAAACUGUUCAUGAUGUUUGUGACUUAUUACAUUUUAAUAAAUAACAAAAUAACACAAUAACAAAAUAACACAACAGAGUUUUAUUUAUCUAUUUUAUGUGUGUAUUUAUUUAUUUGUUUGUUUUUUUGUUGACCACAUCUGUACAACCACAGGACUAAAUCAAAUGUUGAUCAGCUCUUCAGCCACAAUCACUUGCAGGCAGCCUUUGUGAUUGUCAGCUUAAUUAGUCAGUUCAAGUGAAGAGAAGUAACAAAUGAAGAUGAUCAAUUUUAAACUUGUCCUUUAGAGGAAAGCUCAUUUGUUGUGGUUGUAAAUGAGUGUUAUCAAUAGAUGGCAUCAUGGGAAACAUUUAGGAAAUAGCACUUAAAAAUGCUCAUAGAUACCGGGAGCUGUCACAGUAAGUCCAAAUUCUGUACUAUGGAAUAGUUAGCAUCGAUCUGUGUAUAAAAAAUCUUGUCAGACUAUCACAUUCAUGUUCCCAGAUCUUGAACACUCCUGGUGUUUGCUGUUCAUGUACAAGAAUGUUCCAGACAGACAAAAAAGGUGACAAGUUCCUUCAAGUGUUAAAUAAGUGAUCUUAUUUUUAUUAAUCUUAUAUUUGAGCUUUAAAAGAAAACACAAAUUAUACAGUUUUACUCAUUUACCUUCUGUUCUCAACACUUGCAGUUCCAACAAUUAAAGAGUAUUCUAUAAAACAGCAAAACGCUAACAAAGGGGUAUAUCUGGGCCAAACAAUCUAACUUUUAAAGUUUCUAACUUUCAUCACCAGAGGGCAGCAAAUUUCUUAAAAUGAUUGCAUCUCAGUUGUAAAUACAGUGUAAGACGCUACCAUAACUCUCCUAAUAUAGGAAAAUUACACUGCUGAGAAAAAUUCUUGAACUACCCCUUAUUUUUUCAUAUUUUAAAAGGAAAAUGUAAAUUAGGUGCAGCAAUUUAUUGAAACAAAUAUGCAAAUAUACACAGAAAUACAGUAUAUGAGGGAAAAAUGGUUUGUACAGUUCUAAAAAAAAAUUGAACGCCAGUAUUCGUAUGAUUGUUCUUUAACAUAGCCUUUAACUCUCAGGCAAGCUUCUUGUCAUUUCUUCUCAUGUCUUCAGGAAUAGUUCUCCAGGUUUCUUGAUGGAUUCUUCUUAGGAUGUUGGAUGCAUCUUGCUCUGUUCUUUGUCAAAACGAUCUCAUGCUGUCAGGCCAGUCCAUGACAGAUAGUGGUCCACUGUGAGCUUUUCUUCUAUUUUUUUAACAGUGUGUUGGGGAUUGUGGUGUUGAAAAUGAAGCCAUUGCCAAUCCAGAUGGUAUUAAAGUGUGGAUCAAACCCUGACUAUUCUUUUCUGCGUUCAUAAAUCAGUGGAUUUUGACAAAAUAGUAUACACUCACUGUUUCACCUCUGUCAUGACUUUGUCUCUACAUACGGAAUCAAAUCAGUCAUCAAUCAAAUCAAGUUUGGAUUGAUCACUCCAUAAGACUUGUUUAAUUUUGCACACCUGAGCCUUUUCUCCUUGUUUCCCUUCAUAAGAUCAGCUUCUUGACAGCCACCCUUCCACUGAGACCAACCAAGCAGAUGGAUCAACUGAAGGGUCAGAUGCAUCUGACCUGAUACAUCAGGUCCUGUGUCAGGUCUUUGGUGUCAGCCCCCACUUUCUUAAGGACAUGACUUUCAGAUACUGUUCGUCUGCUCUAGGUAUUUGUUUUCAGGCCUGCUGCUUCUUUGGCCUCCACUUGUCCAGUUUCCUAAUUUUUUAUGAUGACACUGCGUACCAUACAGAGAUAUGACAUGUUUUCAUCACUGGUUGAUACCUUGUGUUAGGAGCCUUUUUUUGCUUGAAUGAUUUAUUGGUUAGUGUUAGGUGUCCUCAGAUCCACUUAGAGAAAAAAAAGAUUAAUAUUU